CUUAUAUGGAACACAUUCGCUAUAACAAAGUGAGAAACAUCGAUGCAGUGGUGUUCGGAAAAUAUGAGAUCGCGACUUGGUACUAUUCGCCUUUUCCUGAUGAGUAUAAAGACAUUAAAAAGAUAUACGUAUGUCAACACUGCAUGAAAUAUAUGAAAGUCAAGGAAACAUAUGGUCGGCACACUUCUUUAUGCGAAUGGAAGUACCCACCAGGAGAAAAGAUUUAUGAAGUAGGCAGGAAUAAAAUAUACGAGAAUUUUUGCCUGUUAGCAAAAUUCUUUCUCGACAACAAAAUGAUAUAUUAUGAUGUAGAAUCGUUUCUAUUUUACAUUUUGACAGAAGUCGAUGAUCGUAACGAAGAACACGUUAUUGGAUAUUUCUCAAAGGAAAAAAUCUCGUAUGACAAUUACAAUUUAGCUUGUAUUCUUGUCUUCCCUCCCUAUCAAAGGCGAGGGGAGCAUAAAAUUGGAUCCCCUGAACGACCAAUAUCAGAUUUGGGUAUUAGGGGAUAUCAUUCUUAUUGGAAACGUACAAUACUGAAAAUUCUCCAAAAACAUACAACCAAUCUCUACAAUGUUCAAGAGGGCACGGGUACUAUUAACGGUGAUGGAAUGUCACAUAAUGACAAUGGGAGAUUUAUGAUUACCAUUAAUGAAAUUUCUCUGAUGACGAGUAUUCGUAGAGAAGACAUUAUAUAUACACUUCACGAGAUGGGGUUUCUUAAAUACAGGAAUCCCAAUGUUAAUAGCAUUAAUUAUACUGCCGUAACUUAUGAUGUAAAUAAUCAUGCUGUUAACGGUACUGAACAACAUGACCGACAGCCACAUAAUAAUAGCCCUCAACAAACACAAUACCAAUUACACCAUGAUGAGGAAUUUGCACAACAAAGGCAUCAGCAACAUAUUAUAUGUAUUACGCGUAGAAUGGUUGAUGAUUACAUAAGGAGUCAUGGUGUAAAACUUGAUAAUAGAACAGUUGAUAUUUGUGGUCUCAAAUGGACUAAAACCAGUAUGCCCCCAAAAAAUUGA